UUGUGGUCGACCCGCAACGAGGACAGGAAGAUGCCGCCCAAGCGCAUAGCUAAAAGGAGGUCGCCCCCAGAAGAUGCCAUCCCCAAAAGCAAGAAGGUGAAGGUCUCACACAGGUCCCACAGCACAGAACCAGGUUUGGUGCUGACACUGGGCCAAGGCGACGUGGGCCAGCUGGGGCUGGGUGAGAAUGUGAUGGAAAGAAAGAAGCCAGCCCUGGUGCCCAUUCCAGAGGGAGUUGUGCAGGCCGAGGCCGGUGGCAUGCAUACUGUGUGUCUAAGCAAGAGUGGCCAGGUCUACUCCUUCGGCUGCAAUGACGAGGGUGCCCUGGGAAGGGACACGUCAGCGGAGGGGUCAGAGAUGGUCCCCGGGAAAGUGGAACUGCAAGAGAAGGUGGUACAGGUGUCAGCAGGAGACAGUCACACAGCAGCCCUCACCGAGGACGGCCGUGUCUUCCUGUGGGGCUCUUUCCGGGACAACAACGGUAUGAUUGGGCUGCUGGAGCCCAUGAAGAAGAGCUUGGUGCCCGUGCAGGUGCAGCUGGACGUGCCCGUGGUGAAGGUGGCCUCAGCAAAUGACCACUUGGUGAUGCUGACAACUGACGGCGAACUCUAUAUCUUGGGCUGCGGGGAGCAAGGCCAGCUGGGUCGUGUACCUGAGUUAUUUGCCAACCGUGGUAGCCGGCAGGGCCUGGAACGACUCCUGGUCCCCAGGUGUGUGCUGCUGAAAUCCAGGGGAAGCCGGGGCCACGUGAGAUUCCAGGAUGCCUUCUGUGGUGCCUAUUUCACUUUUGCCAUCUCUGGAGAGGGCCAUGUGUAUGGCUUCGGCCUCUCCAACUACCAUCAGCUUGGAACCCCAGGCACAGAGUCCUGCUUCAUACCCCAGAACCUGACAUCGUUCAAGAACUCCACCAAGUCCUGGGUGGGCUUCUCUGGUGGCCAGCACCAUACAGUCUGCAUGGAUUCAGAGGGAAAAGCAUACAGCCUGGGCCGGGCUGAGUACGGGCGGCUGGGCCUUGGGGAGGGUGCCGAAGAGAAGAGCAUACCCACCCUCAUCUCAAAGCUGCCUGCUGUCACCUCCGUGGCGUGUGGGGCCUCUGUGGGGUAUGCCGUGACCAAGGACGGCCGUGCCUUUGCCUGGGGCAUGGGCACCAGCUACCAGCUGGGCACAGGGCAAGAUGAGGACGCCUGGAGCCCCGUGGAGAUGACGGGAAAGCAACUGGAGAACCGUGUGGUCUUGUUUGUGUCCAGCGGGGGCCAGCACACAGUCUUGUUAGUCAAGGACAAGGAGCAGAGCUAAUGAAGC